AUGGCGCGAGCUGCGGCGAGUUCGUACGUGGCGAAGGUGGUGAGGCGCAACCAGACGUCGCUGGCGCGGAUAGAAGCGGGCGUGGAGGCCGUGUGUCGCGGGGUGCGCGCGAUAGAGUCCCGGCUGAGCGGGGAAUGCAGCGACAAGGAGAAUGCGCGUGGCGAGGGCGGGACAGCAGCAGUGGCAGCAGAAGAAGCAGGAGGAGAAGCAGGAACUGGGCCAGGGGCAGGAGCAGAAGCAGGAGCACGAGCAGGAGAAGCAGGAGGAGAGGGAGCAGCAGCAGCAAAGUGCGGGUGGUGGCGUGAGGCGUGCUGGCCUGUGCCGCACAUGCCCUUCUCUGAUGACAUGGCCACGAGCAGGCGCAGGUUCCUGGUGUUCGCGUACUCGCACGAGCAGCUCUCCAACACGCGCUCUCACCUCGUGGAGGCCGCACGCUUCGCCCAAGCCACCAACCGCACGCUCGUGCUGCCCAAGGGCAGUCGCAGCCGCCUCUCACUGGGCGGGGCCCUGCCGCUGUGCGACUACUUCGACCUCGCUAGCAUCGACACGCACUGGAUCUCGCCCGACCUCUUCCUGCUCCUCGCUAGAGCCACUCUCACCCCGCCCUUCGCUGCUGCUGCUGCUGCUGCACGCGGCGCCAGCCCCUCCGUGGCCUUCGUGCAUGUGCAGACGCACCUCACAUGGCGCAUGCCCUUCACUCAAAGGUGUCUGGUGGACAUGCUGAGCGAGCUCAUGGUGUAUGGCAUGGGGCACGCGCCCUCCAAACGCAACACUCUUGACGUCAUCAUGCCUGCCAACAGCUCUGCAAUUCUCCGCAAGUUGAACAAGUGGCGGCACACGGACGUGCUCGUGUGGGUGAAGACCACGUUCGAGCGCGUGAGCUUCAACAUUCCCACAGAUUCCAUCUCCUUCCAGAUGCUUCCGUACAGCAAGGAGUGGCACGCCAUGGCACAUCGAGCCAUGGCCCGCCUGCCUCCCCGGUACAUUGCGGUGCACUACCGAUCCGAGUUCAUCGCCUUCCACCUCGCACACAAGCUUGUGAGGAGGGGGUUCAAGGUGGAGGCGGGCGUGCUGGAGGAGCUCAUGUCGGGGUGCAUGGAGGCAGCGCGCGACCUCAUCAACGCCAUGAAGCGCCGCCACAACAUCUCCGCCGUGUUCAUCGCCGCCGACGUGCCGUUUGACGACCACGCGGGCAGCCUUGUGCGCUCCGACUCGUGGAAAGAAACCACGUGGCGGUUCCAAGGGCAGGAGCGGGUGCUGGCGGCCCCGCAGGAGAAGCUGCGGUGGCUGAGGGAGCAGGUGGCGGGCACAGUGAUGGUGGACGAGCUCAUGCCUCAUAUCAACCGCUAUGACCCCGGCAUUGUGGCCAUAUUGGACAAGCUGCUGUGUGCGCAUGCGCACGUGUUCCUGGCUGGGUCUACCACAUGCGGGGGGGGGCGUGGGUUUGAGGAGGACAUCAUCAGCCACAGGCAUCACUUCAACAGGACCUCCCCCCACAGAUGGGUUUCAGAGACAGACAAGCGUCUAUGGCACUUGAACAGCAGCUCUGCAGGUGCAGGGUGA